AAGCCCCAUCCAACCUGGACUUGGCCACUUCCAGGGAUCCAGGGGCAGCCACAGCUUCUCCGGGCAGCGUGUUCCAGUUGUCUGCUCUGCCAGCUGACCCCUGCCUUGCCUGCUGCCAGCUGGAAGCUGGGUUGGAUAACCCCAGAGCCAAGGGCUGGCGAGUUGGAUACGGAGAGUGCCACUGUCCCCCCGGGGACACUGGGACAGCCCUGCCCAUGCCACCCAUCCCGUCCGGCAUCUCCCGGGGCUGUGGAUGGAUGGACACGGCGAGAGGGGCCGGAGCUGCGGGGACAAGGGGCUGUGCCUGCUCCACACGUGGGAAUUUGGGGACACUGAGCCCUUCUGCCGCCUGCGAGUGGUGGCAGCCGGCUGCGUUUCCUCGGGAGAGGCGCUGCUGGAAUUGCUAAUGCUCCAGCCCGGAGGUGCAGCAUGCAGAGGGCUGCAGCUGCAGCAUCAGGUACAGCAGCAGCGCCGUUAAUUAUUGACUCUCUCUUCAAUUAUCAGCCCUGAUAAGGGGGCACCCCCCUCGACAGCCCAGGCAGCGCUUGGCGCUCUGUGUUUUCCAGGAAAAAUAGCAAUUCCGUGGAAAAGUAACUCAUUUUACGCACCGGGACUUGAGUUGUCCUCGCAAAGGUCAUCCGAGAGCCGUGGGCUGCUCUGUUGGAAAAUCAAUCCCUCUUUUGUGCUCCUUGGUUUAAACUUGUAUUUGCUUUGUGAGCAAGGUCACGGCUCAGCUGACCAACUUUGUAACUGCUGGAACAGGCUGGGGUCCAGCCACGCCGCGUUUGCUGCUCCGAACCCUUCGCUGCCGGCUCUGCCAUGGGAGAAGAUGCUUUGGAGGGAGGCAAGAGCUGCUGCUCCCCUGGGGGUUUGUAGGUGCCAGCCUGAGCAGGGUGAAGCGACUCCUCAGUCUUUGUCAGAAGAUGCUUAAGUGACAGCCCAGUUAGACCCCACCAUGGAGAAGACAGAAGCAGAUGGCCAGCCACCCAAACCCGAUGGGGACAGGGAGCAGCCCCGCAGCCUUCCGUACUCCCUGGAGACACCCUACGGCUUCCACUUGGACCUGGACUUCUUGAAGUACGUGGACGACAUCGAGAAGGGCAACACCAUCAGGCGGGUCCACAUCCAGCGCCGAGCCAAGCAGCCCAAAUUCAGCACCCUGCCCCGCAACUUCAGCCUGCCCGAGAGCGGCUCCCGCGGCUGCUCCGCCGCUCCCAGCAAGAGCUGGACCUCGAGCUGCUCCUUCCCGCAGCGAAAGGCAUCCCUGGGGGAGGAUCCCCCGCGGGCCCCGCUGCCGGCCGAGGAGCCGCAGCCCAGCUACCGGCGGCGGGCGCUGCUGGCGGAGACGCGGCGGCGGGCGGAGCCGGGCGGGCCGCGGCCGCAGCUGCUGCGAGCCUCCAGCCUGCCCGAGGCGCUGCCCCCCGGCCACAGCGCCCCGGCCGAGCCCGUCCGGAGCUGCCCCGAGCCCGGCUCCGGCAGCGCCGCCCGCCCCAGCGCGGACAGCGCGGACAGCCCGCCGCGGGACGCGGGCUCGGAGCGGGAGCGCUCCGGCGGGGCUCUGCCCGGGCUGCAGCCCCCCCGGCAGAGCCAGCAGCUGCAGGUGGUGAUGGAGAGCGGCGCCGAGGAGGGCGAUGCCGCCGCCGAUGGCUCCGACGUGGCCCCGGCCGCCUUUCGGCUGGCGGAGGAGAACGUGGAGCCUGCGGAAAGGGGGCUGAGUGUGAGCGAGGUGGAUGUGAAUGUGCUGAAGGAAGGUGAGGAGAGGAGUGUCCAGGCUGGAGGGGACAAGGAGAGCGGUGUUCACCGUGGAGAGCCCAAUGAGGUCAUGGCGCUGAAGCAGCAGAUCGCUGACCUGCAGGAGCAGCUGGCCAAGAAGAAAGAGGAGCUCAGGCUGGUCAGGGCAGCGCUGGAGCAGCAGGAUCAUGAGAUCCAGGAGAAGGAGAAAAGCAUUAUGCUGCUGGCCAGCUCCAAAGCUCAGCUGGAAGAGCAGCUGCGGCAGGAGAAGUCCAAAGGGGCCGAGCUGUGGAGGCGGUGGGGCAGCGGGGCUUCGCAGCGCCUCGAUGCCGCGGUGAACACCGAGCUCUCCCAGGUGCCGGGGCUCAGGCGGGUCCAGGACAAAGGCAUCAACGUCAACAUCCCACUCUCCACCAGAUCCAUCGGCUGCGGCUCCCACAGGGCAGAGAACACCAGUGCACGGGCCGUGGAGGCGUGCAGGGAGCAGGGCCUGGCAGGUGCUGGGGCAGAGGGACGUUCUGGUGAGGCCAGCCUGGAGGCUGGGCUCCCUGCUCCGUGCUUCACCCCGCUGCAGAUCCACGAGCACCCCGGCGACGACAACCACAACCACCAGGACUCCCUUGGCCCAAAUGCAGCUGAAAGCAAGGCAGGCUUUGGAGAAGAUAAACCUCGGGAAGGGCUGCAAGAGGAAAGUGCUGGUCACGAGGACCUCCCGGCUGUUGACCCCAUUGGCCAAUAUGUAAAAAAGAUCCAGGAGCUCCUGCAGGAGCAGUGGCUGUGCUUGGAGCACGGGUACCCCGAGCUGGCCAGCGCUAUCAAGCAGCCGGCCUCCAAGCUCAGCUCCAUCCAGAACCAAUUAGUUAAUUCCCUAAACUCCCUGCUCUCUGCCUACUCCUCGCAAGGGCCCGUGGAUAAGGAGAAUUCCAACACGCACUAUCAACAGUUGGAAAACUCUCCAACCACAAGUCUUAAAUCCAUCAUGAAAAAGAAAGGUUAUGGUUUCCAUGCAGGAGGCAAUGGGACCAAAAAGAAUCUCCAGUUUGUUGGGGUAAAUGGUGGCUACGAGACGACGUCAAGCGAGGAAGACACCAGCUGUGAGGACAGCGCGUCGGACGGCGACACCGAGACCGAGGGCAGAGCCGGGGACGUGGAGCCCGAGCAGCCUGGAAGGGAAAGCAGAGGGGCUUCCUCGGGGGAGAAGUGUGAGGAUGAUGAUGAUGAUGAUGAUGAUGCUGAUGAGCAGGAGGAAUCAGCAGGAGCAGCACCCCGCUCUCAGCACCAUUCUCACAGAUGCAAACCCUCCGAGGAUUUCCUUGCCGCCUGCCAGCUCCUCAGUGAACACCUCCCAGAAAUCAGGAGCAGAAGCAACAAGCAUCUGCAGCACGUCCUCGGCUCCAUCUCCCAGGAGUGGUUCCAGGUGUCCAGCCACAAGUCUUCCAGGCCAGAGGUGGUGGCAGCGUACCUGGAGGCGCUGAGGGACAUCCAGCCCCAGCUCCUGGAGGCCGUGGUGAACCUGCCCGACAGGAAUGGCAACACAGCUCUCCACUACAGCGUGUCCCACUCCAACUUCCAGGUUGCAAAGCUCCUGCUGGACACGGGCGUGAGCUGCCUGGACCUGCAGAACCGUGCUGGCUACACGGCCGUGAUGCUGACGCCGCUGGCGGCCCCCGAAACCCGGCAGGACAUGGAGGUGGUGAUGAGGCUGCUGAGGGAGGGGGAUGUCAACCUCAGAGCUGCCCAGGGCGGGCAGACCGCGCUGAUGCUGGGGGUGCGGCACGACCGGCCGGACAUGGUGCGGGCGCUGCUGUCCUGCCGCGCCGAUGUCAACGCGCAGGACCAGCAGGGCAGCACGGCGCUGAUGCUGGCCUGUCGCCAGGGCAACGCCGACAUCGCCCGGCUGCUGCUGGCGCAGCCCGGCUGCCUGGUCACGCUGACCGACAAGGGAGGGAACUCGGCACUGUCCCUGGCCCACGGGGACGUCGCCGCGCUGCUGCGAGCCCACAUCGAGCUCAGCCCGUCCCUCCCGGUGUGAGCAACACUGGGAGCCAGCACUCCCCCUGACAGCGGGGUCACAGGGUAGGAACCUCCCUGCACCACCAACAAAGCUCCCUGUGCCUCAUCCUCCUUCUUCACAGCCCUGAUCUGUGCCACAAACAGCUCCAAACUCUCCUGUUCUCUCCUUCUGGGGGAGAUUUGGCAGGUGAGCACCCAAAACGAAUGAGAAAAGCACAUUAGAGCAGCAAUACUCAGUCUUUUGUAACCUGAGGUUAUGGGUGUCCUUUUAAUCGACUACUUAACUGUAUCUCAUUUAACUCGUAAGUUUGUGUCCUAAUAUUUAUUAUCAGCUCUUCUGUAAGUAGUGGCAGGCAGCGAUUACUCAGUGUAUGUAACAACAAACACAAGCUGGAUGGAUUAUGGAAAGCAUAAAAUCCUAUUUAUGUUUGCUUCUGCGGGUCUGAUAUAAGAAUUAAAAAUUAAUGCUCUAGGAAAAUAUUUGAGUACGCCAGACCCAAACAGGCAGACAUUGUUUUGCCUGGAUUUGGAAUUACCAUAUGGCUGUUAUUUUUCCCUAAUUAAGUUUGAGCUGACGGGGAAGUGCAGCCCAUUGACAGGCUCUGAAUCAUGGUGGGGUGGGGCAGGGCAUUCCAAGCACUGGAAGAUCCCAGCAGAUUCCCAUCCCAGGGUGUGGUAAUGUUGUCCAAGAGCUCCGUGGAGUGGCUUUGCUAGCAGAUGCCUUUUGGAGCAGCGUUUGCUCCUUGCUUUGCCUCUGCUCAAUUUUCAUAUUUCCAAAUAUUCCAUUUUAAUAUUCCCAAACUCCUCCUGUAAAGCCGAGCCGUGAUUUAGGUGCUGGAGCACCCACAGGGUCCAGCUCACCUCAAGUCAGAGUUUUUUCUCCCUGAUUAGUUAAUUACUCUUUUUUUUUUUUUUUUUU